CAAUGUGCUCCUAAAAAUAAAUGAAAUUAGUGAUUAAAACUGAAAAAAAUUCAUAAACCUGUGAACAUUGUGGCCACUUUAACACCCGAUACAACAUUUAAAAGUACAAAGUGUAAUUAAAUCAACUUAGAUUAUACUUUCAUCAAAAUUAACAACUAAUAUUAUUAGUGAUCCUAAAUUUUCACUUAAAACAAAAAUGGACCCAAUUGAUGAUUAUGAUCUUCUUCCACAAGAGGAACGACUAACAAAACGAUUAGCUCUCUUUAAAAAUUACAAAUUGGAACAAUUUCGGGAAGAGUUAAUUAACUGGCCAACAUCUAAAAAACAACAAUAUAUCAACGACAUUACCAUAUUAAUUGACCCGGUCCAUCGAGAAACAUAUAAAAUUGGUCGCAACAAAUGGUUUAUGUUAUGUGCAUUUAAAAAAGCAAUGGAAGCUGAUCUUGAACCCAAAGACCAACAAGUUAUAAUUGAACAAAUACCUGAAAUCAUUGAAAAUUUCCAACCAUCACCUUUAAAUGAACAAUCUAAUAUUAUUAUAGAUCCUAUUCAAUCAUCAAUAAUAUUAGAACCAAUAUUGGAGUUUGAAAUUGCAAAUGACAUGGAACAGCAUACAUCAAAUAAACGAAAAUCGGACCAAGAAAUUAAGAAUAUAAAUUCAAAAAGACUGAAUAAUAAUCAAUCACUGGAAAUACCGUCAACUUGGUUACCAUGGACAAAUAACCUAAUGAAACCAAUGGCUAUUCUCACAUGUGACUCUUCACACGAAGCUUUAUUUGAACAAAUAGUCAACUUAACAAACGAAGGUGAAUUAUUAUUGGAAAUGGUAAAUGGAAUUCACAAAACAAAAAAUGGAGUGAAAAUCAUUUGUUUUGAUAAUGAAUCUUUAAACAACUCAAUUAAUAAUAUUACUAAUAUUAUUAAUAAUAUCAAAAUUGAUAAAAUUAAACCCAAACUACCAAAGAUAAAGAUACAACGAGUUCCAUUUAAAGAAUCAACAGCCGAAACCAUUCUAAACAAAUUAAUCUCAAUGAAUCCAUUUCUCAGAAAUGAAUUUACUUCAGUUCAUAGAUUAUUCAUUGAUCAGAAAGGCUCAAAAGACAUCAUCCUGAAUGUUUCACCGGCAGUAAGAUCAUUAAUUCAAGAAAGAAUGGGCUUAAUCAACGCUGGACUUUCAUCAAUCAGAGCAAAAGACUUCUUUGAAAUAGCUUAUUGCACAAAUUGUCAUGAACUAACACAUUACAAAGGCUCUUGUUCAAAUCAAACCCGAUGCCGAUUUUGUGGUGGUUCACAUUCAUUCAAAUUUUGUGCAGAAAAAUCAAAUAAGGAAAAAAUUUGCUGCUCUACCUGUGGAAUCAAAGGCCACUUUCCGAUUACCUCUACUUGCUUACCAUUUAUGAAAAAAAUUGAAAUAGAAGCAAGUAAAGUAGAAUUUUCUUACCAAUAUUUAAUGUUCUAAAUAUAAUCAAAUUGAGAUUUCUUUUUUUCCUCA